AAACACAGCUUGUUAGAGCUGAGCUGCCCAACUACAGCAGCAGCCGGCCCCUAGGACAGAGCAGGGACCUCAACUACACUGAUCACCAGCCCCAUCGGACCCAGACCCAGCCACCAGCUCUGGCUCAUCUUGCCCCAGUGCCAUGACCUUCUCGGAGAUCCUGGACCGUGUGGGAAGCAUGGGCCGUUUCCAGUUUCUGCAUGUAGCCAUACUGGGCCUCCCGAUCCUCAACAUGGCCAACCACAACCUGCUGCAGAUCUUCACAGCCGCCACCCCUGUCCACCACUGCCGCCCGCCCCCUAAUGCCUCCGCAGGGCCGUGGGUGAUCCCUAUGGGCCCAAAUGGGAAGCCUGAGAGGUGCCUCCGUUUUGUACAUCCGUCCAACGCCAGCCUGCCCAAUGACACCCAGAGGUCCACGGAGCCAUGCCUGGAUGGCUGGGUCUACAACAGCACCAAGGACUCCAUUGUGACAGAGUGGAACUUGGUGUGCAACUCCAACAAACUGAAGGAGAUGGCCCAGUCUAUCUUCAUGGCAGGCAUACUGAUUGGAGGGCUCGUGCUUGGAGACCUGUCUGACAGGUUUGGCCGCAGGCCCAUCCUGACCUGCAGCUACCUGCUGCUGGCAGCCAGCGGCUCCGGUGCAGCCUUCAGCCCCACCUUCCCCGUCUACGUGGUCUUCCGCUUCCUGUGUGGCUGUGGCAUCUCAGGCAUUACCCUGAGCACCAUCAUCUUGAAUGUGGAAUGGGUGCCUACCCGGAUGCGGGCCAUCAUGUCGACAGCACUCGGGUACUGCUACACCGUUGGCCAGUUCAUUCUGCCCGGCCUGGCCUACGCCAUCCCCCAGUGGCGCUGGCUGCAGUUAACUGUGUCCAUUCCCUUCUUCAUCUUCUUCCUAUCAUCCUGGUGGACACCAGAGUCCAUACGCUGGUUGGUCCUGACUGGAAAGUCCUCGAAGGCCCUGAAGAUACUCCGGCGGGUGGCCGCCUUCAAUGGCAAGAAGGAAGAGGGAGAAAGGCUCACCUUGGAGGAGCUCAAACUCAACCUGCAGAAGGAGAUCUCCUUGGCCAAGGCCAAGUACACCGCAGCUGACCUGUUCCGGAUACCCAUGCUGCGCCGCAUGACCUUCUGUCUUUCCCUGGCCUGGUUUGCUACCGGUUUUGCCUACUAUAGUUUGGCUAUGGGUGUGGAAGAAUUUGGAGUCAACCUCUACAUCCUCCAGAUCAUCUUUGGUGGGGUCGAUAUCCCAGCCAAGUUCAUCACCAUCCUCUCCUUAAGCUAUCUGGGCCGGCAUACCACUCAGGCCGCUGCCCUACUCCUGGCAGGAGGGGCCAUCUUGGCUCUCACCUUUGUGCCCUUGGACCUGCAGACCGUGAGGACAGUAUUGGCUGUGUUUGGGAAGGGAUGCCUAUCCAGCUCCUUCAGCUGCCUCUUCCUCUACACAAGUGAAUUAUAUCCCACAGUCAUCAGGCAAACAGGUAUGGGCGUAAGUAACCUGUGGACCCGUGUGGGAAGCAUGUUGUCCCCGCUGGUGAAAAUCACGGGUGAGGUACAGCCCUUCAUCCCCAAUAUCAUCUACGGGAUCACCGCCCUCCUCGGGGGCAGUGCUGCCCUCUUCCUGCCUGAGACCCUGAAUCAGCCCUUGCCAGAGACUAUCGAGGACCUGGAAAACUGGUCCCUGCGGGCAAAGAAGCCAAAGCAGGAGCCAGAGGUGGAAAAGGCCUCCCAGAGGAUCCCUCUGCAGCCUUACGGACCAGACCUGGGCUCCAGCUGAGGACAACGGAACCCCCUUUCCCUGCCCUCCAGAGACUGAUCCUAGCCAGGCACCUUAGGGACACAGGGAGGCCCCAGAUAGGUCCACCCUCCUAGGAUGAAGCCUUCUGAGAGCUUGGUGAAGGUGUCUCCAUCACCACCACCAGAGCCUCCUGCCCAGCCCUGGCCAGUUCAAAGCUUCAGCCAUAGACCUUUCCAUACCCAUCCCUGCCCUUGUUCUCCCUGCAACCCAGGCCCUGCCAUUCUUCUGUCCAGCCCUUCCCCACUGGCCACCUUCCUCCACUGUCCUGGUUCUCUUCCCCUGAGGUCCCCUGAUGUCCCCUGGCUCAGUCCUAACAAGACUGAGUCUUAACAAGAUAGGAAGUCCUCCCCUUCUUGACUCCCACACUUUUCUUUGAUGGGAGGUUUCAAUAAACAGCAAUAAGAACUC